CACUGAUCCGUGAACCAAUGGACAACCAAUGAAACGUAAGCGAGGGUUUGUGUGGCGGGUAUUUUCCAUAAUUUUAAUGGCAGAAGCGUAAGAUAAGCACUCGUCAUGCUGCCUGAAAAUCAAGCAGUUCUUCGUUUUGUAAAACUGACUGAUAAAGCUCUAUCACCAGUGAAGCACUCUGCAAAAUGUGCCGGUUUCGACCUAAGAAGUGCCUAUGAUACAAUGGUACCAGCAAGAGGGAAUGCAUUAAUAAAAACAGACUUGCAGAUAGCACUUCCACCAGGCUGUUAUGGUAGAAUUGCACCUCGUUCAGGACUGGCACUGAAGCACCAAAUUGAUGUUGGAGCGGGAGUUGUGGAUGAAGAUUACCGUGGCAGUGUUGGUGUGGUUCUCUUCAAUCAUUCUGAUGAGCCCUUUAAUAUUUCUCGUGGGGAACGCAUAGCACAACUGAUUUGUCAGCGGAUUUAUUAUCCUGAACUACAAGAAGUAGAGGAACUGGAUAACACUGAACGUGGCACAUGCGGAUUUGGUUCAACUGGAUAUAAAUGAAGUGGAUCUAAAUAUGUACGUAGUGAGCACAAAUGACCUUUACAAUUUCAGAAAUUUUCUUUGAAGGAAGAUACAACAUCUGCACAUUUAGGCAUUAACUAACAUUAUCACAGCUAUUUUACUAUUUACAGGUAUUCAGUAGGCUAUUGGCAACUCUGUACACAUCAAGUUUGUAUUCUAGAUCCAACCAUACAUUUUGGAGCAAAGGGAUCUCGUACACAAAUAAUCUGACAAAAGUGUUUGAAAAACCCAUAAAUGUUUCAGGUGGAUUCACUCCACAUUCUGUUAGUAGUGUUACUGCACUCAUUUCAUACACUGGGUUUUAUUAAACUACAGGACACACUUCAAUUUAUGUAAAGUGUCACCAUUUCCUUGAUGGUGGUGUCCCUGGCAGCAAAUAAAUGUAUAUGCAUACUUUGAUUUAGAAUAUUUACAGUUUUAAUCUACUGUCUGAAAGUUCAGAUGUAUUACCUUGCCUAAUUGUGUCACAUAAAAUUUCCAAAAUUGAAAAGAUCAUGUGUACUCAUCCAGUAUUUCUGUAUUUGCUUGAACUUUCUGUGAUACCUGUUCAGCAUGAUCCUUAUUCAUCUAAUUUCUAAGUAUGUGGUAUUGAUACUGAUUAUAAGAACAAUGCAAAUGUAAUGGUUACACAUAUAUAAUAAAUUCUCUAAACUGGGACUUGCAGGUUGA